CCCGUUUCGAGCUUCCGCCACGCCUCUGUCCCUCCCUCCCUCUCUCUCGCUCGCUCGCUCGCUGGGCUCCUCACGCGCUCGCAGUCGUACACCAACCGGAGCCCUCUCGCGCCUCACGGGGGGCGCCGCGGCGACGCGAGGCGGAGGCCUGGCUAGGGUUAGGGUUCCCGGCCUAGCGAGCCCCACCCCCCGCGGUCCGAUCCAUGGACGGGGGCGCGGGCCCGGGCGCCGAGGUGCUGUCGCCCGGCGAGGCCGACUGGCCGCCCGAGCUCCGCCUCCCGCCGCCGCCGCCGCCCGCGCCGGCCUCGCGGCGCGGCUACGCGGCCCCCGCUCCCCACCUGCACAUGCAGCUCCCUUCCGCUGCGGCGCCCAGAGAGGAGGAGCGGCCACCGCCUCGCCACGCGGAGGGGGGUUUUGACGACCGGCAGUUCCUCGGAUCGAUCAUGGGGGGCGCGGCCCCGCAACAGCAGCAGCAUCAGCAACCGCAGCCGCAGCCCGCGGCCGCCGCCGCGCCGGUGAAGAGGAAGAGGGGGAGGCCGCCGAAGAACAGGGACGGCGCGCCGCCGCCGGCCGCGCCCGCUCCGGUGAAGAAGAAGGACGAGGAGGUGGUGUGCUUCAUCUGCUUCGACGGGGGCGACCUCGUGGUCUGCGACCGGAGGGGUUGCCCGAAGGUGUACCAUCCUGCUUGCAUCAAGCGUGACGAGUCCUUCUUCCGGUCUCGGGGCAAGUGGGAUUGUGGGUGGCACAUAUGCAGCGGCUGUGAAAAGGCAGUACAAUACAUGUGCUAUACCUGCACGUACUCCGUCUGCAAAGGGUGCAUCAAACAAGGAAAAUUCUUUGGUGUUAGAGGGAACAAGGGCUUCUGUGAUACAUGUUAUGGUACAAUAUUGUUGAUAGAAUCCAAAGAUGAUGGUGCAAAGGUUGGUGUUGAUUUUGAUGAUAAAAAUAGCUGGGAGUAUCUUUUCAAGUUAUAUUGGUUGGAUCUGAAAGGGAAGCAUUUAUUAACAUUGGAAGAGCUAAUCAGUGCCAAGAGCCAUUGGAGUGUCCCUACUACUGCUGGUAGGAGAGAGAAAGAGGAGUCAUCAGAUGAUUUAUAUGAUGCAAAUGAUGAUCAAGAUGCUAGUUUUGACAUCUCUUCGAGGAAACGAAGACGGAAUAAUUUUUCAGGAAAAAGAGGACAGAAACGCAAAAAGGACAGUAGUAUUACUGCUAGGCAGUGUGGAAUCUCAAUCAACAGUGCUGCAAGCUUACCAAAUGGAUCGAAAAGUGGAGGGAUGUCCUUGCCAGGUGUUACAGAAUGGGCUUCAUCUGAGCUAUUGGAGUUCAUUGGACACAUGAGAAAUGGUGAUAGUUCCUAUAUUUCCCAGCCUGAUGUCCAGGUUCUUUUGCUUGAAUAUAUAAAGCAAAAUAACCUCCGUGAUCCUCACAGAAAAAGUCAGGUGAUCUGUGAUUCAAGGCUUAGCAAUUUGUUUAGAAAACCACGUGUUGGUCAUAUUGAGAUGUUGAAGCUUCUGGAGAUGCAUUAUCUUGUGAAACAGACUCCAACGUUAAAUGCAGAUAGUCAACAAGCAGUUGAUUCAGAUUCUGCCGAAGCAGAUGCUGGAGGAUAUAAUGAGUUGAUGGGUAAAUUAAGUUCUGAUAAGAGGAAGAAGGUUCAUAAGAAGGGUGAAAGAGAACUGACAACUAAUUUAGAGGACUAUGUAGCCAUUGACAUGCACAAUAUCAAUUUAAUUUACUUGCGUCGGAGCUUGCUGGAGGAUCUUAUUGACAAUGAUGCUGCAUUCUCUGAGAAAAUUGCUGGCUCCUUUGUGAGGAUAAGAAUUUCUGGUCUUGGCAACAAGCAAGAUAUGUACCGUCUAGUGAAAGUUGUUGGUACACCUAAGGUUGCAGAGCGAUACAAUAUCGGUAAAAAGACAACAGAUUAUGCUCUUGAGAUAUCAAAUUUAGAUAAAAAAGAGGUUAUCACAAUGGAUACGAUCUCAAAUCAGGAUUUUACAGAGGAGGAAUGCAAGCGCUUACGUCAGAGUAUGAAGUUUGGUCUAACCACCCGGUUAAAAGUGGGAGACGUCUAUGAGAAAGCUAAAAUCUUCCAAUCUCUGCGAUUUAAAGAUUGGUUGGAAAAUGAGAAGCAGAGGCUGAGCCAUCUUCGUGAUCGUGCUAGUGAAACUGGACGUCGAAAGCAACUGAGAGUGUGUGUAGAGAAGUUGCAGCUUCUGGACACUCCUGAAGAAAAAGCCCGAAUGAUUAAUGAAGUGCCAGAAGUACAUGUUGAUCCCCACAUGGCUCCAAAUUAUGAAUCUGCUGAAGAACAGGAUUAUAAGAAAGCCGUUGAUCGGACAAUAAAUAAGAAUGGACAAGAUCUAGGAAGAAAAGGAGCACAAUCGAAUUCUGGGGAGAAUCAUAUGCAGAAAUGCCUGGAUGGAAGCAGUUACACCAGUAGUGCACUAAAAGAGGAUGUAGGCCAUAAAUCAGGAGCAGGAAGUAACAUUAAUUUAAACAAGGCAGCAGAGCCUGCAUUGCUUGGGGCUGUAUCAAAUAACACUGAGCCAGAACAAGUUUGGCUCUACAAGGAUCCUAAGGGAAUUGUUCAGGGGCCGUUUACUCUUUCGCAGUUAUCCAAGUGGGUAGGUUACUUCCCACGCGACCUGAGAAUAUGGCUCACAUUUGAGAGUGAAGAGAACUCGCUUCUGUUGACUGAAGUGCUCAAGAAACAGCAGACAGAUUUCGUUCAGUCUUCAGCACUCUCUACCAGUGAUAAAUCAAUAUGGGCAGGCACAGGGCAAGAAAGAAUCAACUCAGAUUUAGUUGCAAAUAGAUCUUCCUCCCCUAUUGGUUAUAAUGCCGCGUAUUCUUAUGCACCAUCUAGGCAGUUUGCUGAGGGUUCUCAUACUACAAAAGAAGAUCCAAAGUCUCUGGGUGCAACUUUACCAUGGAGGUCACUGAAUGAUGGUCACACUUUGCAGGGCCAGGUCCAGCAUCAGGUUAGCUAUUCAUCAACCAUUCUAUCUUCAGCAGGUUCAUCUGCACCACCUAGCUCUCAUGAUGAGAGGGUCCCAAAUGAACGGGUUGGUGAAUGGAACAGUUGUCAGGACAAUGGUGGUAUGUGGAAUUCAACCAUAGCGCUCAUGAAUGAUAGUCACAAGAGUAAUGUGGAGCAGCAUCCUGACGGUUGUUUUAUGGAUGACCAAUUGCAAACUGACUCUACGAGUAAUCGGCAUAAAGUCUCAGUUCUUACUGCACAACAAUCUGAGAGGGACCCUGCUACUUCUCAUAGUACUACAAGUCUGCCAGAGUUCAAAGCCAUGUGCCAGCAGGAACGCUGUUACUGGAGUUCAGCAAUAAAUGCUGGCGCUCAUGACCUAGCAAAGCCUGAGAGCUGUUCUCCAACAAAUCCUGUUGAAGACAGAGAUUCGAGUUCUGCUUCUGUUGUGUCUAUUCAGUCUGCGUCUACCUCAAAUUCUAUUAAGACUGAGGCAACCACGAAUCAGCAUAAAUCAUGCCGACCUGACGCAUCGAAUGCACCAUUUGAUCAGCUUCCUGAACCUAAAAGUGGCCCGGUGUUUUCCUCAAAGACUCAAGAUGUUGAGUCUGAGUACCCUAGUCCAACCCCAAAACUGGAGAGGAAGGAGCCUUCCAUGAACCACUCAGGAUCAACAUCAGUAGCACCUGAAGAUUUAGCUACAAACACAUGCGUCUACUCUUCAAUAUCUUUUGUAUCAGAACCGUUGGGCCAACCUGCUAGUAAAAUUGAUAGCUUGCUACUCAAGGAAAGAUCAUGUCUAGAAGAAAGACAUUUAAGAGAUAGGGAAACUUUCACUCAAACGAAGCAUCUAUUUGAAGAGACUACAGUAAAGAGAAACAACAAACUGGUUAAUCCUGUAUCUGAUGCUGAAGGGAUUGCUGUAUCAGAUGUGUUGGAAUCGUUAACGGAACAAAGCUGUGAAAAAUAUAGUAUGCAUGAAGCUGCGCCUUCAGAAAAUUUUGUGCCAGCUUCAGCUGAGGAAGAACAACCACAAUGCUCUAGUCCUAUUGCAUUGUCGCCUUGGGGUGAACAAAGUUACUAUCAGGGUGAAGCUGUUGAUUCUGCUCUGUGGGGUGUACAAGAUGACCCUGGAAAUGACAUGUGGUCAAUGCCUUCACCAACACCUGCUCUCCAACCUUCCUCAGGUCUUGGAGCUGAUGGAAAAGAUGUUUCAUGCAUCAUAGAGGAGGUGAUAGCAGACCAAGGAAAUAAUAUUUUUGUUGAAACUUUACCAACACAAGGGGAGAAAAAGAUGCGACAGGGAAACUCAAGUGCCUCCACAGGUCCUGGAGAAACAGAGAAGGUAAAACCAAAAUCAAUUGCUGCAUCAGGUCCAUCCCUAGAUGGGAGCACAAAAGCUUCAGAUUGGCAACCCUCAGGCUCAUCUCUGGUGAGGAGUGCAAAAGCUUCAGGUUGGAGACCACCAGCUUUAUCUCUUGAAGGGGUUACUAAUGAUUCAGGUUCGCAACCAUCAUGUCCCUCUACACAAGGGAGCACAAAAGCUUCAGGUUGGCAGCGAUCAAGUUCAUCUCCAGAUGGAAGCAGAAAAGCCUCAGGUUGGCAGCGAUCAAAUUCAUCUCCAGAUGGGAGCAGAAAAGCCUCAGGUUGGCAAGCACCAGUUUUUUCUGUAGAGGGGAGUGCAAAAUCUGCAUGGUGCCGAUCAAGUACAUCGCCAGAUGGGAGCAGAAAAGCUUCAGGUUGGCAAAGGUCAGGUUCUUUCACCCAUGGAAGUGCAAAAGCUUCUGGCUGGCAACCCUCAGGUUCUUCUGCAGAUGGGAGCACAAAAGUUGAUGGUCGGCAACGAACAAGUUCAUCUCCUGAGGGAACCAGAAAAUCUUCAGGUUUGCAUUGGUCAGGUCGUGAGAGCUCAAAGGUUAAUUCGGCCUCUGGUGCCGGCAAAAGCUGUAAAUCGUCUAGUCACCAAGCGACUACACCAACAGGCAGGCACUCUGUGGAAGCCCACCAAGCUACUACACCAACAGGCAGGCACUAUGUGGAAGCCCCAAAGAGACAGGGAAACAGUGAUAAUAGUACUUCUGUCUGGGACGAAGCUCUCGGAAACUCUCGGGAACUGUCAAAGAGACAGGGAAAUGGCGACAAGAAUGCAGGUUGGGGAGAGGCUCUAGGAAGCAAUAGGAGCUGGCAUUCAUCCUCUGGCAAUGCCAGUCGGGGCAGCCACCAUGACAGGCACUCCCAUGGCACCGAAUUCCGGCAGGGCAGCUCAAACCACCCUCGGAGGUACGACCACCGUCAUGAUCAUGGCAGCGGUGGGUCAUCCAGGUCGUCGUCGAGAGGGCAGCCCCAAAGAGGGGUCUGCAAAUACUACGAGAAUGGCCACUGCUGGAAGGGUUCGAAGUGCCAGUACCUCCACCGUUGAUCUCCGCGGUAGCAAAACGAUGCGCCAUGUCUCGUCGGCUUCAAAUUUUUGUAUAGGCUCAUAUGGUCACCUAAUCAAAUUGUAGUCAGUAUAGGAGCAAAGCUUUAUUAACCGUGUUGCCCCACCAGGUUGUUAGUAGUGUAUAUCCAUCACAGUAGGAAUACGAUUAAACUAGGAUUUGAAGCUUAUAGGGCCCACUAAUUUGUGGCCGUGUAGGUAGGUACUCCAACUCCACUUUUGAAGGGUGAAUGCAACGUUCUGUUCGGUUAAA